CGGACCCACACUCGCCGGGACCGAGGGGGGGCGCCCUUGGGGGGCCCGGAAGACGCGAAAGAGCGAGAAAACAAACUUGGAGAGAGGAGUGACCUGGGGGCCGUGGGCGGAGUCGCCAGCGGGGGAGGAGAGAGUGAGCAGCGGCGAGAGCGCGGCUGGCCCAGGAAGCGGAGAGCGCCGCCCACCCGCCCGGGGCGAGAGAGGCGCCGCGGGCCGAGGCAGGCUGCGCCGGGGGCUGCCGGUCCCUCGCCCCCACCGUGACCCCGCGGCCCCCAGCCCGCCCGCAAGAUGAUGAAGAGGCAGCUGCAUCGCAUGCGGCAGCUGGCGCACACGGGCAGCCUGGGACGCACCCCGGAGACUGCCGAGUUCCUGGGGGAGGACCUGCAGCAGGUGGAGCAGCGACUGGAGCCGGCCAAGCGAGCAGCCCACAAUGUCCACAAACGGCUGCAGGCCUGUCUGCAGGGCCAGAGCGGGGCAGACAUGGACAAGCGGGUGAAGAAGCUUCCCCUCAUGGCUCUGUCCACCACGAUGGCCGAGAGCUUCAAGGAGCUGGACCCCGAUUCCAGCAUAGGGAAGGCCUUGGAGAUGAGCUGUGCCAUUCAGAACCAGCUUGCCCGCAUCCUGGCCGAGUCUGAGAUGACCCUGGAGCGGGACGUCCUGCAGCCGCUCAACAGGCUGAGUGAGGAGGAGCUGCCAGCCAUCCUCAAGCACAAGAAAAGCCUGCAGAAGCUGGUGUCUGACUGGAACACACUCAAGAGCAGGCUCAGUCAGGCAGCUAAGAACUCAGGCAGUGGUCAGGGCCUGGGUGGCGGCCCAGGCUCUUACACCACCACAGCCAACAAGGUGGAGAUGCUGAAGGAGGAGGAGGAGGAGCUGAAGAGGAAGGUGGAGCAGUGCAAGGACGAGUACUUGGCCGAUCUGUACCACUUUGCCACCAAGGAGGACACCUAUGCCAACUACUUUAUCCACCUCAUGGAGAUUCAGGCCGAUUACCAUCGCAAGUCUCUGAGCUCGCUGGACACGGCCCUGGCUGAGCUGAGGGAGAACCACAGCCAAACAGACCCCUCCCCCUCGAUGAUGGCCGCCCCCUUCUCCAGGGUGUAUGGGGUGCCUCUGGGAACCCACCUGCAAGAGCUGGGCCGGGACAUCGCCCUGCCCAUCGAGGCCUGCGUCAUGAUGCUGCUUUCUGAGGGCAUGAAGGAAGAGGGCCUCUUCCGUCUGGCCGCCGGGGCCUCGGUGCUGAAGCGCCUCAAGCAGACAAUGGCCUCGGACCCCUGCAGCCUGCAGGAGCUCUGCUCUGACCCCCACGCUGUGGCAGGUGCCCUCAAGUCCUACCUGCGGGAGCUGCCGGAGCCCCUGAUGACCUUUGACCUCUAUGACGACUGGAUGAGGGCAGCCAGCCUGAAGGAGCCAGGAGCCCGGCUGGAGGCCCUCCAGGAGGUGUGCAGCCGCCUGCCCCGUGAGAACCUCAACAACCUCAGGUACCUGAUGAAGUUCCUGGCACGGCUGGCCGAGGAGCAGGAGGUGAACAAGAUGACACCCAGCAACAUCGCCAUUGUCCUGGGGCCCAACCUGCUGUGGCCCCCUGAGAAAGAAGGGGACCUGGCCCAGCUGGACGCAGCCUCCGUCUCAUCCAUUCAGGUGGUGGGCAUGGUCGAGGCUCUGAUACAGAAUGCAGACACCCUCUUCCCUGGAGAUAUCAACUUCAGUGUGUCAGGCCUGUUCUCAGCGCCUGCACCCCAGGACAAGGUCAGCGACAGGCCGGCUUCUGAGGAGCUUCCAUCGAUUGCCACACCCACCCCGGCUGCUGUACCAGCUCCAGCUCCGGCCCCUGCCCCAGCCUCAGUGGCUCUCAAGGAAAGGGCAGAGUCUGAGGCACCCCCCAGACCAGCCUCCCCCAAGGUCAGUAGGAGCUCCCUGGAGGCAGCCGCCCCGGCAGAGGACAUGGCUCGGAGGA